UGAGCCCGCCGCCAGCACCCCGCAGCCAGCGCUCGCGUCCGGUGCCGGGGCAGCCGUCGCAGCAGCAGGUUUCUCCCGGGAGCGCGGCUGAGCGGUGCCGGCUGGCUGACCCGGAAUCAGGAGCCCAGGCGCUCAGCCUCCGCCGACCCCGCUGACUUAGAAAGAAGUCGGGGCAAAAUCCGGGAUCCACCCCGGGCCUGGGAGAGACCGGACGGCCGCUCCGGAGCAUGUGCCAGCUGCUCCAGAUGCCAGACUAUGUUUAAACUUUUGGUUCUGCUCAGCACUUUGCCUGCUAUUACUGUUGCGUUUCCUCCCUGCCUAAGAAGUCCCCAGGAGUCUACACAUGCUGGAAAAGACGUCUUUACAUCAAAAAAAGAAGCCAGCAUCUUCAUCCAUAGACGUCUCCUCCACAAUAGAUUUGACUUGGAACUCUUCACUCCUGGAGAUCUAGAAAGAGAGUGUCAUGAGGAACUGUGCAACUAUGAGGAAGCCAGGGAGAUCUUUGGGGAUGACGACAAAACGAUGGCAUUUUGGAAGGAUUAUUCAGUUCGAGGACCAAGCACAAGAUCAGAUGGUGAGAGAGAGAAGAUCGAUGUUAUGGGACUUCUGACUGGAUUAAUUGCAGCUGGAGUGUUCUUGGUUAUCACUGGAUUACUUGGUUAUUAUUUCUGCAUCACCAAGUGCACAAGAAGAAGACAGCCAUGUUCCUCAGCUGUCUAUGUAAGAACGGGUCGACACCAUCCAACUAUUAUUUUUAGAAGACAUGAGGAAUCUGCCUUAACCCCGUCACCUCUUCCCCCAGAGGAUUCAGGACUGCCUUCUUACGAACAAGCUGUGGCACUGACUGGAAAAUAUGAUGUUCCGCCUCCUCCAUAUCCUGGGCCAGCAAGAGGGUUUAAGGUGUUUAAAAAGUCUAUGUCACUACCUUCUCACUAAAUCCAAUGUCAAUAUGAGAAAUGGAUGUUUAUUCAAAGAAGGAGCCAUGAUUCAGUUCUCCAGUAGCUUAAAAGGCUGGCCAUUCCAUUCCUGUAAAGGUAUUAAGAUGCCUGGUCUUUUGCUCCAGAUAGUUGGACUUUUACUCUGACAUCAGAAUAAUGAGGGAAUCGGUUUCAUUUUGUGUGGGUAUGUGUAUGUAGGUAGGAGGCGAGCCCUGAUUUAAAUUUAGGAGUAUCCAGAUCAUUAGCCCUAAUCAGCUAAAUUAGGCAAAAGAUUACUAAUUACUGAAGGAAAAGCCACAUAUCCACUAUAGCAGAAAGGGUUCUAGAUUGAUUAUGUUGAGAACUGAAUUAAUGUUAAUACAAGACUUUUUUUGUUUCGAGUCAUCUUGAGUCAAGAUACUAUAUUUUAUCCCUGUUUAUUUUAAUUCUCCAGCAAAAGAAACCUUGUGAAAAAAUUUUAAAUCGCAUGAUGAAUCAGUGGUCUUUAAAACAUAAAAGGAAUCCUAAUGCUUAUUGUAUAUAAAAUAGCAUAUGAUAUUCCGUACAGGUAUUUGUACUUAAAAGAUUAUGUCCAGUUGUACAAUGGUGGGAAAAUACCUUCAUUUUUCUUUUGAUUCAAUGGCUGCUGCCAUUAGAACUUGGGGGUCAGAGGUACAGUGAGACAAAGUUGCAGAUUAUAGUUCUAAUUCUUUCCUAUCACCAAAAGUGUUUCUAGAACCUAGAAUCUCUAGAUUCUGUAUGAAUCUGCCCGUCCCAUGAGGAAAUAGAUGAAUUCCGUCUGUAUAAUUAUAUGUUUGGUUCAUAUGAGAUUACUCAGGUUGGAAGUUUUAUUCUAGCUUAUAACUAAUAGUUUAAUCAGGAAAGGAUAAUUUAUUUAUUCUCUUAUUAUCUAUGUAUAGUGGUUAAAGAUGUAUAUGACCCUUUGCAUCUCUGGGAUAUGUUUUCUCAGACAUUAAAGCACACUUAAAAUGAUCACUCAA